AUGGCUACCCCUGCAGCUGCUCCAAGGCACCGUCGGUUGGGCUCUCUGAAAGGCACAUCUAUCACCGGACCACUAAAGCCACCAUCUCGAACUGCACCAACCCCGCCACCGACUCAACCUCCCGUCUCGAAGCACACAUGUUGCGAGGACCCCAAAGUCGAAGAAGAAGACGGUCAACGGGUGUGCCGUAACUGCUUUACGCAAAUCAGCGAGUCUAAUAUCGUCUCCGACGUCACUUUCCAGGAGGACUCGAGAGGUGCCGCCGCGGUCCAAGGUGGCUUCAUUGGAGAGAACUCUCGCCACGCUUCGACGUUAGGUGCAGCGGUCACUCGUGCUGCCGGCGCCGGCGAACGCAACAGUGCACAGGAGACUGAGAAGAAUGCUCGCAAAUCACUCGACAAAUUGUGCCCUGUUCUCGGUAUACCCGAGAUUACCCGGAACCAGGCCAUCAAUAUCUUCGCCCUCGCCUCCAGGAGCAACUUUUCUGCAGGAAGACGGACGGACGAAGUCGCCGCUGCUAGUCUAUAUGCCGCCUGCCGACGACAGAAGGACAACCAGGUCAUGCUCAUCGACAUCUCCGAACUCCUACAGAUGAAUGUCUUCCGUCUUGGCGAAGUCUACAAGGCUAUGUGCAAGGACAUUCACUUGAACGAGGGUGGUGGAGUGGGCACGCAGUACUUGGUCGAGGUCGAGUCGUUGGUUAUGAAGUACUGCAGGAAGCUCGAGUUUGGCGAAGCAACGCGGUCAGUGGCGGAGGAUGCUAUCAAGAUCGUUCGUCGGAUGAAGCGUGACUGGAUGGUGACUGGACGUCACCCGGCUGGACUCUGCGGUGCUUGUAUCAUUCUCGCAGCACGCAUGAACAAUUUUCGUCGAUCGGUUCGGGAGGUCGUCUACGUUGCGAAGGUCGCGGACAUUACCAUCGCCAAGAGAGUCGCGGAGUUCAGACGACUGAAAGCGGCGGCACUCACGGUGGAGCAAUUCAGAGAGUAUGGUGUACGGCUCAAAGACCAAGCCGACCCACCUGUGCUGUACGAGAGCGAGCUGAAGAAGCACAGAUUCGACAGUCUGAAGAGGAAGAGGCAGGAAGCGAGUGUGGCGAGGGCAACUGCUGAGCUCGCAGAUGACGAAUCUCAGCGGGAAAGGUCGGAAUCAGUGGCAGCAGAGGAAGAUGGCGAAGGACCGCGCAAAAGACCUCGCACGGAGAGUGAUGGACCCGCCACAUCUCCAGAUACACAGCAAGAGCCUCGGCGGGAUGCAGACGGCUUCGCCAUCCCAGCGCUACCACCAGCUCGGACGCCAGCGGUCCAGGACGGAGAGCAAGAGGAAGAGCCAGCGCGUAAGCGAGGACGGCCGAGAAAAACUCCGCCAGAACCGAUCAUCAUCACUGAGGAAGAGCUCGCCGAGGAAGAGCAGCUCGAACACGACAUCAACGAUAAUCUGAAUGACGAAGACAUCAUCGACUUGCGGAACGAGAUUGAGAAGGCCAAGGAUGAAGAACGAGCGAAACAAACUGCCGAACAGCAGAAGCAAAUCGCCGCAGAACAGGUCAAAGCUCGUCGAGAGGCUGAAGGCACAACGUGGGUGGACGAUGUCAACGAAGAAUACACGCCUGACAUCCUCGAGGCCGAAUUCGAAAACGACCCAGAGGUGGAGAACUGCCUCCUUUCUCCAGCUGAGCAGAAGGUGAAAGAGCAGAUCUGGGUGCUCCAUAACGAAGACUGGCUGCGGCAACAGCAAGAGAAGGCCCUCAUCGAAGCUGUUUCCAAAGCGUCCGGCCGCAACCCCGCCGGCAAAAGGAGAGUUGGGAAGAAUGGCAAGAAGAAGCGGAGCAAGAUGGGAGACGGCACCACCCUCGCGGAAGCCACCACGCCCAUCGAAACGCCGGCCGAUGCAAUCAACGCAAUGAUUGCAAAGCGUGCUCCUACGUUCUCGAAACACGUGAACUACGAAACACUGAGCGGGAUGUUGAGGGGCCGCAAGCAAAACUCUUCAAAUGCAACGAGCACUCGUGACAGCGCAACUCCAGCUUCUUCGAGUCGAACAGGUACGCCCGCAUCCGACGGCGGUGCGCCGUCAGGUCGGCAAGAGGGCACGGCGAGUCCGUCGCAAUCGGCACGUUCGAGCUUUUCUCCAACUCCAGUGCGUCCGACGAGAACUGCACCUGAAGCAGGCAGUGCGCAAUCAACGCCCGCACCAGUCUCGCCAACCCAAGCCCAGGCUGGAGCCGAGGACGAAGAGGACGAUCCGAACGACUACUACCAUUCCGACGAGGAGAACCCGUACUACGACCAGGAGGACGAGCGGGAGGACAUUGGUGAAGACGACUUUGACAACGCCACGGGCAGGUUCAGCGACGUGGCAUUGCGCGGCGACUUUUACGAUGAGUACGAGUAG